CAAAGCUCCAUUCUCCAUAAAAGUGCGCAGUGCUAGAGAGCGAAAGCUUGUAAACACGUAGAGAGAAGCGCUGCUGUGUCUGCUACAUGUGAAAGCUUUUAAAUGCACCGCUGCGCAUCUAGCCUGCAUGCAGUCUGGGAUGUGGAGCUGUGUUUGCAGGAGGGAGAUAAACAGCAUGCCUUCAUCAUCGCGCUGAAGCAGACAUGAUCAUCCAGGGCCUGAGGAAAUGCGCAAAUUCUGCACUGAUACAUGCUCGCUACUCUACAUAGCCUGUGGGUGUGUGUGUGGGGAUGGAGUUUAAUCUGCUGGCGGACGCCGAGGCCCGCAGCCCCGCACUGUCUCUGUCCGACUCCGGCACCCCGCAACACGACGCGGCGUGUAAAGGCCAGGACACCAGCGACACAGAGAAGUCCCAUCAAAAUCAGACAGAUGAAUCAAACCCUGAGGACGGCUCUUUGAAGAAGAAGCAGCGCAGGCAGAGGACACAUUUCACCAGCCAGCAACUACAGGAACUGGAGGCCACCUUCCAGAGAAACCGUUACCCAGACAUGAGCACACGAGAGGAAAUCGCCGUAUGGACAAAUCUCACAGAAGCACGAGUGAGGGUAUGGUUUAAAAACCGUCGUGCCAAGUGGAGAAAGAGAGAAAGGAACCAGCAGGCUGAGCUGUGUAAGAAUGGCUUUGGUGCCCAGUUUAAUGGACUCAUGCAGCCAUAUGAUGAUAUGUACUCUGGCUAUUCAUACAACAACUGGGCCACCAAGAGCUUGGCUAGCAGCCCCUUAUCAGCCAAAAGCUUCCCUUUCUUUAACUCUAUGAAUGUUAGCCCCCUGUCUUCGCAGCCCAUGUUCUCCCCGCCCAACUCCAUCCCCUCCAUGAAUAUGGCCUCCUCCAUGGUGCCCUCAGCAGUGACAGGGGUGCCGGGAUCAGGCCUGAAUAACCUGGGCAACUUGAACAAUCUGAACAGCCCUACGCUCAACACAGUGGCAGUGUCAGCGGCCACCUGCCCCUACGCCACCACGGGCAGCCCCUACAUGUACAGAGACACUUGUAACUCCAGCCUGGCUAGUCUCCGGCUCAAAGCCAAACAACACACCAACUUUGCGUACCCGGCUGUGCAAAACCCUGUAUCUAACUUAAGCCCAUGCCAGUAUGCAGUAGAUCGGCCUGUAUGAAUCUCUUCUGCUCAUAUGAGAUAAUUCCCAUCCUGUCCUUAAACCCACUACUGAUCUAAUCUGCCAUUUCAUUCUAAGGCAUCAACCAGCAAUAUGGACUGGCUACAAACAUGCAACUUUCGAAAAUGACUGAGACCAUAGGAAUACGAUUCAUGAGGAAAUAAAAGAGAAAUUAACUCAAAAUGGACCAUGACUUAAAAGACUUGAUCAUGACACUUGGCUUUUGAACUGACCAAGUGGAUCUCUAAACUAUUCUCUCCAGCAUGACUAGAGUGAAUUACAAAGAAGAGGAUGGAAUGCUUUUUACUGCAUUGGUAGAAAAGCCUUGCAAGGAAAAGUGUCCAGAAUACAUUCGCCACAAGCCCACAGUGAGGCACAUGUGUCUGCAAUACAGGCAAAUGGAUGUAUAUAAUGGCUUUCUGUUUUGUAUGUGAUAAAAAUAUCUAUGAAAUGUAGUAUUUUAAAGACUGAUUUAAGCAUGUUCCUCAAGAGCAGAACCUGGAUAAAUGUGGAUUUUAAAGGAAUUUUAAUCUUUGUUGUGAAUUCCAUUCACCUAGGCUAAGAGGUCGUGUCAAAGGUUGCUGUCAAGACAGAAGAAGUAGCAAUGAGUAGUUUGAGAGAAAGACAAAUAAGUUCAAGAGUAAAAAUAAGUUCCAGCUCUGCUGAAACAUAGAACAUUCAAGGUUUUUUUUUUUUUUUUUUUUAAAUAA